ACCACACCCCCUUAUACGAUAUCCUCCCCCACCGUACCGUCGCCAACUCUACCAUGCGACACCCUGCUCCCAACAACCCUCCCCAUGGCUGAUGUCAAGAAGGAAACGGACGGCCCGGCCCCCUACUCCUCCCCCGCCUUCGACUUCACCCUACUUCCAGACUACAACGACGACUUUAUAGCAGAGGCCGAUCUUACCGAGUUCGCAAAGGCCCUGGCUGCUCCAGACAACUCCCCGUCUGCCGAGGACCUCUCGCUGCCCCCUCCGGAACCUCGGAAAUUCAUUACUGCCCUCAAUGACUGGCGGCCCAUUCAUCAGCGCGUCCGGCGGCGACGGAAGCAUAACAAGCCUCCGCGCCGAGGCAAGGACGAGACGCGGGAAGGGUUCGUCUAUACGCUAUUGAAAUGGCCGUUGUUGACAAUCGUCUUCGGUUGGUUGCUCUUCCUGGGCAUUGCCUACAUGCUCACCCGCCUCUACAUCUUCCUUUACGAGCAAUGCAUCACGUGGCGCGGCCGGAGACAGAGGUUGCGGAAGCAGCUGCAGAGUGCAGUCAACUAUGAAGAGUGGAUUCAUGCCGCUGAAGAGCUCGAUACAUACCUCGGAAAUGAAUCGUGGAAGCAAUCCGACGAGUAUGCAUACUACGACAGCAAGACUAUCCGGAGAGUGCAGACUCAGAUGGUGAAGCUGCGGAAAAGAGCGGAGUCGGAUGAAAAGGGGAUGUCUGGUGCCAAGACCCCCGCCGAACAACAGGCAAAGGCCGUGGACGAGCUGCGAGGCCUGGUCGAAGCAUGCAUCAAGAAUAAUUUCGUUGGAUUCGAGAACCCGAGGCUGUACAGCGAGACCUACUAUGGAACGAAAGACCUUGUGCAAGCGUUCGUUGAUGAAGCCGAGGCGUCUCUCUCCUUCCUUAUCCGCACAUCGCAGCUCGACCAGGAGGGCAAGAGGGCCAUGUUCAAGCACCUCAGCACCAACUUCGGCCGCACUGCCCUUUGUCUAUCGGGCGGUGCUACCUUCGCGUACUAUCACUUUGGUGUGGCAAAAGCUCUUCUUGACGCGGCCCUGUUGCCCGAAGUCAUCACUGGAACGUCGGGCGGAGCUUUGGUGGCAGGCUUGUUAGCCACACGAACUGAUGAUGAGCUCAAGAAGCUGCUGGUGCCAGCCCUUGCUCACCGCAUCACAGCAUGCCACGAUGACAUGCUCACCUGGUUCAAACGAUGGUAUCGCACAGGCGCACGCUUCGAUAGCAUCGAUUGGGCUAGAAGGUGUGCCUGGUUCACACGAGGAAGCAUGACAUUUCGAGAAGCAUACAACAGGACCGGCCGUAUCCUGAACGUGUCCUGCGUUCCUUCAGACCCGCACUCGCCGACUAUCCUGGCAAAUUAUCUUACUUCCCCGGACUGCGUUAUCUGGUCCGCAGUCCUUGCUUCGGCUGCUGUCCCUGGGAUUCUUAACCCAGUGGUCUUGAUGAAGAAACAAAAAAACGGGACGCUUGUCCCGUACUCGUUCGGACACAAGUGGAAAGAUGGUAGUCUUCGCACCGACAUACCCCUGAAAGCACUCAACCUUCACUUCAAUGUUCGCUUCUCUAUCGUCAGUCAAGUUAACCCCCAUAUCAACCUAUUCUUCUUUUCUUCUCGUGGAUCCGUGGGACGACCAGUAACACAUCGUCGCGGUCGCGGUUGGCGCGGCGGAUUCCUUGGCUCAGCAAUCGAGCAAUAUCUGAAACUCGACUUAACCAAAUGGCUAAAAGUUCUCCGCCACCUGGAACUUCUCCCUCGACCAUUAGGCCAAGACUGGAGCGAGAUUUGGCUCCAGCGAUUUAGUGGCACGAUCACGAUCUGGCCGAAAUCUAUCCCCUCCGACUUCUACUUCAUCCUAUCCGAUCCUUCUCCCCAACGACUAGCACGCAUGAUACACGUCGGCCAACAAUCCGCCUUCCCAAAGCUCAAAUUUAUAGCUAACCGCGCCAAACUCGAGCACCUAAUCCAACAGGGUCGUCGCCAGACCCGUCCCACCCGCACCCCCGACGGCGGCCUCGCCAACAUCCUCUCCGAAGACGACCUUCGCGGUCUUCUCGAACGCACCAAGAGCGACAACGACGCGAAUGGUGGUAGCGGCGCAGCACCAAACGUCUUCUCCGGCUCUGAAUCAUCCUCCUCCGCGUCUCCUCGACCAGGCUCGCCAGUCGACAUGCCCCUUGGUUUCUCUUUCACUAAGCAAUCGACUAAACGCGCACCCGCGCGCCUCACAACAAAGCCCACUAACCGGCCUGGAAACGGCCAGCCGUCAGGACCAGACAGCCCGUCACUAAGCCAACGCCUAAGCGGGUGGUGGUCUAAAAUGUCUCCCCGCGAUCCCUCCCAUCCCCCUUCGCAACCCAAACCUCGCCCCCGCCCGCGCAUCCUCCCCCAAAAAUCCACGUCCCCGCCCCCAGCUUCACCCUACCUCCAAGACCGGCCAAUGUCAAUGUUCGAGCUCGGGCAUCCACACGAUCAGGUUGUGCAACAGCUUUAUAUGCGUGCGGGGGAGGCGGGGAAACAUAGACUCACGGGAAGUUUUUUGAAGGAGGUUAAACGGCAGAGUAGGGUUUUUGUCGAUGAUGCUGAUGUUGGUGGUUCUGAUGAUGACGAUUUAGAUGAGAAUGAGCUAGCUGACUUUGAGAGUACAGCGCGGAGACGAGGCAUUUUCAGCGAUGACGAGAAGAAGUAUGCGAGAGAUGAGUCAGAUGAUGGGAUGGACGCUGAGAUGGAGGAUUAUGGAGGCGAUGAUGAGGAUGAGGGAGAUGGCGAAGCUGAAUUUGAGGCGGGAUCUGAGGGUCGUAGUGCGGGGAACAGUUUGGGGCUGGGGAUGGGUGGGAAGGAGGGAGGCGUGAUGUGAACUGUGCCCUGCCCGGGUACAUGUCGCUGGAUGGAUAAGGGGGAUGUCAAGACAGAGAAAGUAGAGGCCCGUUUGUAUUCUUAACCUUGUAUUGCUGGCUGGUUCUGAGCUUGGUUCGUGAGGAUAUGGCUGGGUGGGUAUGGUAUAGCAUGGCAUGGUAUUGU